CUUCGAAACAAUCUGAAGUUUGCCGAUAUGUUUGUAUAGUUUCCUUUUUUGAAAAUUUUGCCCGUCUCUGGUGGAAUGCAACUAUUCAUUUCUUCAUUCGAAAUUUGAACUAAAAUUAGAGAGGUGUGAUAUCUACCUUCGGGCAGACGACUCGGUAGUAAUCGAUUAUUUUUGUAUCAGUUUUGUAAUUAAUUAACGAGGUAAUUAUGAUAAAAAUAAUCAUUAAUCGAUUGUCAUUGAAAUUUUUUAACGAUUACGUAUUUGAAGGCAGGAAACGUGUAAUUUCUUCAUUAAAUGUACAGAUUUUAAUACCUCCUAUUUUGAUCAGUAACGUUUAAUAUAAAAAAAAAAAGUUAUUUAUAAAUCGGACAAUUCAUGUGUUACAACCUCACACUGGUAUAAACGCGUGCUGUUUUACCGGCCCGCUUGUUCGCUGGCUCGAGCGUCCUGGGUUACGCCUAUGCUCUAAGCGCGGGCUCCUCGGGCGCUGUGAUUGGUCGGUGUUUGUUCGUUAAUAAUUCAAAAACUAUGACCCAUCCGACAUUUUUUCAAAGGAAAUUGUUUGAAGGGUGCCACGUGUCCUUGAUCCAGCACUGAUGCGGUCCACCCACGAUGGCCGCUUUCAGUGUUCUGCCGUGCGAAUGUCUCCUCGGCUCGGCUCCGACUUCAGCCAGUUCAGGCAGUUGAGGCACUUCCACUACUAGUUCCACUACUUUCAGGCACUUCGGCUCGGGUAGCCGUGGCCGUAGCCGUAGCCGUAGCCAUAGCAGAGUAGUACUCGUUGUCAGUUUGACGCGCACUGGCGUGCUGUGUGUCUUGACGCAUACGAUGCUCCGAAUUCACUCGUUGUAUCAACGUUCCCUCACACAGUAAAGCUGAAGGGAUCAACGGAACCUAAUGAAUGUACAACACAACAGAUAAUUUCAAGCUCGACAGUGUUUCUAUUCGUUGAUAUCGGCGUGUACGACGAUCCAUUUGUGAAAAACAAGUGAACAUCGUGAGAAUAACAGGAUUCGCGAAACCGUCUCGUAUCACGUUUAUUGGUUAACGGAGUUGCUCUUUCAAGUUUUCGCGGGAUGCACGAGAUCCAGCCUUUUUCUUUCGUCGUUAUUUAGUUGCCGGAACUUGGAAACGUUUUAACCUCGAUACAGGCUGAACAAACGAGCCGUUUUCGUAAACGAUCGCGGACAGUUACACGGACGAGGAAUCAUGGGCGAUGCUCCGAAAGUGGAAUUCGCUCUUGGCAGCGAGGUGUCACUGGAACAUUUCUUCAAAAGCAGCUUCGCACGGGCCUUUGCGACCACUUGCCGUGACGCCAAGUCCCUGGAUUACGAGAUAGUCGAUAACAUCAUCGCCGAGGAGACGGACUCUAACGUUAACGUCGAUAACAACAAUUUCUUCUCCCUCGUGAAUGUUGGAACUGCGACAACAUCCACGGGAAAUCGAGUUUAUACAAAGGACAACGCUAACCUUUGGAAAACGAACCAGGCAGCUUACUCCUCCACGGAUGUUAACGAAUUGGAAAGACUACGAAAGCAAUGCCAGUCGCUAAUAGAAGAGAACCGAAAAUUGCAGACCGCCUUGACGUCGAACCAAACGCCUCACGUACAAGUAAUCGACAGUGUUUUCCUUCAGACGCAGAUUGAAACUUUGCAGUGGCAACUGAAACAGAUAGAGGCAAACAGACACAUGUAUCGUUCCCUGAUGGAGCAAGUGGUGCGCUUCUUGGAUCGAGCCCGUAAAAGCUUGGAUAUUCUUCACGAGAAGAGUAAUCAUAAGGAUAAAGGUUCGACUUCACGAGUUCCUCGAAGUCGAAGUGUCCACGCUGUGCACGGAGAUUCUUCGCCGAAUAAUGGCGUUUCGGUGUCCUCGUCUUCCUCUUCGGAUUCUUCGCGUUUCACCAGGGCGAAAUCCGUCACCCAGAUUUCGCCAUGCAACACAGGCUUCCGCGAAUUUACUUGGUCCGUUCUGCGUAGGAACGAUCCGGUGCAUUGCACGCCACCGCGUAAUAAAUCUCAGGAAACGAAUAAGACGUACGAAGGUGUCGUUUACAGAAGACCCAAACAAGUGGAGAUUGAUCCGAACGAUGUACCACCAGAGAAACUCUCCCAAGAAGCAUUCAGGCUAAUGAGAACUGUUCAGUCAUUAUUAGCAAUGAGAGAGCCUGAUCUGGCCAGAAUCUCAUCGCUAGAAAAUAAUGAAUCCUCUCCAUCACCGAUAGACCAUCACCGCCACAACAAUCACCACAAUGAAGUUUCACUCUCGCUACAAAAUGGUAAUUUUGUAACCUCUACAACAUCACAAGAGGGUAAUGGUUAUACCAGACACCUUGGCAGUGAUCAUGGAAACAAAUCAAGCAGUACAGACAACGAAAGCAGAAUUUGCUUCUUAAAGUCAUUGAAUGGCGUGGAAGUUGAUAGAAAUUUACAGAAUCUUCUCCCGGGUGUUAGAAGAUCCAUCGAUGCAACCUCUCUCAAUUCAGGAAGCAGUAAAACUACCGAAGAAGAAGAUGGUCUUCCAAACAAUAAUUUUUUUAACGUUUCGCUGCCACAACACGAUUGUGCAUUCAUGUUUACGCCAACUUCUACACCAAAUAAGUGUACCAGGAAAGUUGAAAAGAAACCAAAGGAUAGAUGUUUGAAGUCGAAGCCAGCUGCCAGCGUUAGCAGCGUGGAGGAUGAAAGCGGGUUCUCUUCUAUGUGUUCAUUUCAAGAAAUUGGAUUACCUAGUGCUCUACCAAUUUCACCCAUUAGAGGUUGUCACACAGAGAUUGGCUUGCCUGAAGUACCUUUAGAAAAAACAAGACAUCGUAGAUGGUCUUCGACUCCAGCUGAAAUUAAAGCUCUCUUCAAACAUCAUCGAAAUAGCUUCUCCACUUCGCAGACAACAGCUGAAUCUCUGAGUGUUUGGGUUUGAAGGAUUGCAUGACUAUGUAAAAUGAUUUCAAAACAAAAAUAGCUUAAGCAAAUGUAUUUGACAGAUUGAUACCUUAAAGAAUGAAUGGACCGAAUGACGAGCGCGUUUACUUAAUCGUAAAGUGUAAUUUUCUGUAAAUAUUUUUUCAAAUUAUGCAUUCUAUUUGUUUUUUGUAUAAAUAUUUUUAAAAAGUGGUAAUGUAACUAAUGCAUGACUUGUAAGGUCUUCCGCUUUUCGUACUUUGAUAAGAAUUUUGUAAACAAAUUGAUACGCUACAUAGGAUAAAAUUUUCUGCAAAACAUUAUUCGGAAUUUGAUGUGCACUCGAGUACAGCGAAUAUCAUAUGCGUUAGAAGCCAAAUACAUGAUUCUUGUUAGCUGAAGCAAAAUAUUUGGUAAAGUUUGUAUUAAACAUUUACAUUUGCAAGAAUUAUAAAUACAGUCAAAUUAUGCUAAUUCCAAAAAUAAGCACUUUACUAAUAUAUUCACGUUAUAUUUGAAAAUGUUUUUUCUCAUAAGGUGACAAUUAACAUGUAGAUAUGAUUUUCAGUAAAAUACCUUUUUGUGUUCUUGCAUUCCUCACAAAUAUUUCAAAUAGGUGUUCAAAGUUAAUUCAAUGUUUGAGUUCAAUGUGUAUUUGGAGGUAUUGAUAUGCUAUAAUUAAUUUAUCAUGAAUUGUAAUCUGCUUUAUGUUUAAUAAAUUUGUACAUAAAGAAGAAUAAAAAAGCAUUUUUUUUUUUUUACUCGAUCAUAUCAAUAGAUUAUGGUAAGCACCCAGCCUUAAAUAAUGAAUGGUUCAAUGAUACAUCAUUGAAUUACAUAUUUUCACAUUUUUUACUUUUUUCUGCAUAUUCUAACUACUAUAAUUCAACUAAUAAUUGUCGAUUAGUGCAUUGAAAAUGUGGCGCCAUCUCUCAGAAAGCCGUCCAAGUUUGUCGUGAAAUAGUUCAAAAUCUAAAUUUCUACUUUUCUCUGGAUAAAAAUACCAUUUUACAUUCCAACUACCAUAAUUCAAUGAAUAAUUGUCGAUUUAAUAUCGAAAGAUAUUUAAAGAGAAGCGAGUGUACCGGUACUUGAUUUACUCGCCGCGCAUACAAGAGCGCUGUAAACUUUAGCACCAGUCGUACAAUGUUCCAGUAUUUAAAUUUUGCCGCGCACCAAACACAUGGCACCAGUUUUAGUCGGUCACUAGUUGACCAAAGUAAGAUGGCCGAAGGUUAUCCUAGAGGUCAUUUCCCCCUACAAUUUGGGUUCCGUUCGUUUUGUUCGUGAUAUACUACUCUUUGCACCGUCUUUCAGGUCCAUGGUCCCAUCGCUAAUCGUGGUCAAGAAGUCACACCGUCUAACGCGGCGUAGCGGGGCAGGGGGGAUUUGGAGGUUAAACCGAUGCGCGCGCAAGACGAUAAGCCAAAAGCAAAGACAGUAUUCGUUAUCAGUACGGCAGGCAUCGUCCACUUGUCGCAAGUCGGUCCAGUGGGCAGCCAGGAGAUUGCGCCACCAGCCGAGCCACUUUUAGAUUGAUUUUCAAGAGCACCGUGCACAGGGUAGGCGCUCCGCGUUUAUUUUAACGUGGCCAGAGUGUUCGAACGGGCCGCGACCGUCUCGGGUGAUAGCAGAAACAGCGUGACGAGGUGAGAGGUUCGGGUGCGGGCGCCUUUUCUCUCUGCCGGUCUGGAAGAACGUCAUUCAAUCGUGUCCCACGGGAGGCACAUCGUUCCCAUCAUCGUUCACGCUGUUAUUACACGUUAUACCGCGUGUGUGCCUGUUCGUAUUCUCGUAUACACUCGCAGUGUCGCGUUGUCACGCAUAUAUAAAGUCUAUCUAUACAUUUCUCGCUCGUUCUCCCGUGCGGUGUGCCGUGUACGAACAGAGUGUGUGCGUGUGUAGUACCUCGGAACGUGCGACUUCGUGGCGCAGUGCGUGAAAUGAGUGACAAGGACCGUUCAUCUCCCAUCCUCGUUGAAAACAGUCUCAAGUCGUUGCUCGAUCAACCUAGUAUCUUUCCACUGAUUGGUAAGCAUCGAUACGUUUCUCUCUACUUAACAAACGCACGAGUAUCUUUAGAAUGCUCUUCUUGACGCGGGCUCGAUACACUUCCCCCCUCUCCUCUCACUCUAUCGUAUUCCCGAACACCCAUUCCUGCUUUUCUUCAAAAUUCGCGCAAAUUCUACUUCAGCGCUGACUGGCGGCCGAUCGAACCAAUACGAAAACGUGUUCUUUUUUUUUUUUCCUUCGUCGGACGUGUUUGCGUUGACUUUGAUCGUGGUCAUUCGAUAUUUUCUUUGGACGGACGGGUGUAUUAUCGCCAGUGACGAUGGCAUUUUUCCCGUCGUUCGGUCGACGUUGUGGCUUGAGCAGGGAAAAGCGAAUGAACUAUGAUGUCUAUCGAAAGAAUGCAUAAAUGUUAUUUGAAAAAGAAAAAGAAAAAGAAAAAGAAAAAUAA